AUGUUCUCCAUCACCCGUAAGAGCGCCAAGGCGCCGGCGCUGGCCGCUCUGCUCGUCGUCCUGGCCCUCUGCGCGGCCACCGAGGCGCGCGUGAUGCGCACGCUGAGCCAGCUGCCGUACGGCGGCAACCCCGGCGACUUCAACCGCGCGUGGGCGCCGUUUGCACAGGCCGGCCUGCCCGUCUACGCCCCUCAGGCGCCCCUCGCGUCGACGCCCGAUGGGGCUCGCCUCGAGUCCGGCCCCGUGAGCGCCCCCCAGACGCUUACCUCCUACGAUGCCUACGGCGUCGGCGACCCCCGCCUGACCGCCACCCAGGCCCGCAACUUCAACUACGGGAUGCAGUACGGCCUCUACCCCCUGUGGGGCCGCCGCCGCAGCUGA